AUGCAAAAAUAUAUGCCAUUCGAAAAUGUGCCAAGAUUAAUAGCACCAACUUUGAAUCCUGAAUGUGUCUCAGCAAUUUCAGCAUCUAUGCUAAAAAGGGAUAGAAUUAUUAAAGAAAACCAAAAGCAAAUUUCUGCAGUAUUGACUGCUAUUGGCUCUGGUUUAGAGUCCAUAUUAAAGAACGGAGACAAAAUAGAAAUAAUCCGUAACAUAAAUGAUGCAUCCAAACUAUUAUGUGAUUAUUUUCAAUCUGAGACCAACAAUAGAAAAAUUUUAAUUACUAAUGCAGUAAAUCACAACCUUAAAGAGACUCUAAAGGGUGACUCAGAUAUGUUCUUAUUCGGAACAAACUUAGCAGAAAGAAUAAAGAAUGCAAAAAUUAUACAGAGAUCUGGAAAAGAUCUGAAAGAAAAACAAGAGCGACUUAAGGGGCCAACAAAGACUUUAAACUGGCGGGGCCCUCCUCAGUUGAGCACCAGGAUGGGAGGGAAGAGAAUAACCAAGCCCAAAAACAAGCAGCAGCAACAAUAA